AUGACCGAAAGAGUGCCUGAUGCGAUGCAUCAGAUAGACAUUGUUUUCCCGCACGGGACAAACGUUGAUCUGGAACCAGAUGAGGACAUUGAAGAUGCCGAGAUGCAAAGCCUUGGAGGGAGUGAUGUAGACUCAGCACUGGGAGAAUCCGAGGCAUGGCCAUCCUCAACAGCAUCACUCCGAUCAAGCAUUGUACGGGCACGUGAGGAGAACGGAAGAAUCUAUCACGGAUACAAGGACGGGAAAUAUGUCUUGCCCACUGAUCAGGAAGAACUCGAUCGACAAGGCGAGGCACACCCAGAAGCCGAAGUUGUCGGCGUAGAUCUCUCGCCCGUCCAGCCUGGCUUCACACCGCCAAACGUGCAUUACGAAAUCGACGACCUCGAGGAGGAGUGGAGCUUUUCUAGAAAGUUUGACUAUGUUCACUGUAUGAUGAUGACGGGCGCUUUUAGGGAUUGGCAAAACUUCCACCAACAAGCCUUUGACAACCUAAACCCCGGGGGUUGGUUUGAGAUCCAGGAUAUCGACUUCCCCAUGAGGUGUGACGAUGAAACAAUCCCGCCAGACUGCGACCUCGGCAGAUGGAACGAGCUGAUGAUGGAGGCCGGCCAAAGGUCGGGCUUCCUCCUGGAUACCUGCGGCAGGGCGGCCGAGAUGAUGGCGAGCGUUGGAUUCGUCGAUAUUGUGCGGAUCCAGUUCAAGUGGCCAAUCAACCAGUGGCCGCGCGACGUCAAGCACAAGACCCUGGGCGUCUGGACAGAAGCCAACUUCAGUGUCGGGCUCGAGUCCAUGACGUUGGCCCUCUUCACCCGCUUCAUGGGUUGGAGGAAAGAGGAGGUCUGGGACUUUAGCGCCAAUGUCAUUGCAGAGUGGCGUGAUGUACGUAGGCAUGGGUAUUUUGACGUGUAUGUAACUUAUGGAAGAAAACCGUAA